AUGUACUCGGUGCCUCAUCUUGUUUUCAUAACAGCCUUAAUAGUUCUUGCUAAUUCUGUCGGUCUAUUCGGAAAUCUCAAUGUCAUCAUUGCAACAAUUCGUGAUACUUCGUUACGGACAAAAGCUGGAUAUUUGAUGUCGAUUCUUUGCUUUCUUCAAAUCGUCUGUUUGGUAUCAGAACUAGGAAAUCUCCGGGUAUAUUGGAACAGAGUGGCUGUAGACCAUGCUGUCUGCUUCCGUAUGAUCGCUGUAUACCUUUUUUCGUUCAUCGCUCAAUCUGUCAUGUAUUUUAUGCUGUCGUUAGAUAUGCUGAUCGCUGUUGUAGCCCCUCUGAAGUAA